ACUGACAUGAUGGAGCUCUAUCUCGACCUGCACUCCCAGCCCUGCCGCUCCGUCUUCCUGUUUGCAAAAGCGGUCGGGAUUCCCUUUGAGUUUAAGUUGGUGGACCUCGCUGCAGGGCACCAGUACAGCGAAGAGUUUGAAAAAAUCAGCCUCAUGAGGAAGGUUCCCGUCAUGAAGGAUGGAAGCUUCGUUCUGACUGAAAGUGUUGCGAUCCUGAAGUACCUGGUGCAGAAACAUUCGUCGUCAGUGGCAGAUCACUGGUAUCCAGCUGACCUGCAGCAGCGAUCUCGUGUUAAUGAAUACCUGUCCUGGCAGCACAUGAACCUCAGAGCUCACGGGUCAAAGGUCUUCCUGCUCAGAGCUCUUUAUUCUGUCAUCAUGGGCUGCGAGGUCCCGAAGGAGAAGAUGGACUCUGCUGUGGAGGAUCUGAAUCUGUCGCUCAAAAUGCUGGAGGAGAAGUUCCUGCAGAACAAACCGUUCAUCAUCGGCGACAAAAUCUCUCUGGCUGAUCUGGUGGCUAUAGUGGAGAUCAUGCAGCCUGUUGGAACCGGCCUGGAUGUGUUUGAAAGCCGGCCGAAGCUGACCGCCUGGAGAGAGCGAGUGAAGAAGGCGCUCGGUGAAAAGUUGUUUGACGAAGGUCACGAGGAGAUCAUGACGGUGGGCAGCCUGCCGCAGAAGCUGCAGAACAACAGCGAGCUGGAGAUGCUCAAACAAAAGUAUCAGAAGUUUUUCCGCUGAGUACAAACGGAGAUCAGACGACAGUCAAUGAUGUCAAUAAUGAUCUUAAUUUGUUUGUAGCUUCAUGGUUGUAGUUGUAUCGGAGGUUUGAUCAGCAGAAUUCUUGUGCAGGUUUGUGAUGAAGUACUGAGAAAUCACUUAACCAGCUUUCAGCUAUUAAACUGUUUGGAAAACUGUGCACAUUGUGUAAAACAUCUUUAAUGUGUUCAUCUACUGCAGGUAAACACUGCUGUUAAGUCGCUAUCUGCAGAAAUGGAACAUAAUUUGAUUUGACGACAACAAAUCUUUAUUUUCAUGCUGUACAUUAUGAAGGAGAAUGAGAACUAAUGU